UGUUUAUAUUUUUGGACACAGAAAAUAAAGUAAAUACAAUAGAUAAAACAAAUUAUUACAGCUACAUAUCACAUGAUGUUUAAAGUACUAAAUACUGUGACCCAGCCAAUAUCUGAUACCUGUAUACAAACAUUAGAGAUUAUACAAGGAAGGGAAUUAAAGGGGAAGUAUAAUUUGCAUUAUUUCUUGGAAGUUCAAAGAGAAACUUACAUAGUAAAAUCCCAGAAAACGAGCAGAUAGAAAAUGGCUUCGUCAAGAAUUCCUGUUAUUGCGGCAGCUGUUAAGGAGCGGUUACAGGUAGCUGCCAUUGACUUUGGAACCACCUACUCAGGUUAUGCAUUGUCAUUCCGUUCAGACUUCUUGGACGAUCCUCUCAAAAUAAUGACCAACCAAUGGAAGACAGGUGCUGGAAGACCCGCCUCCUUAAAGACUUCAUCAUGUAUACUCUUUCGUCCAGAUCAGUCGUUUGAUAGUUUCGGAUUUGAAGCAGAAGAUAAAUACGCAGAAUUGGCAAUGGACGAAAAUCAUUUUGACUGGUACUACUUCAAACGAUUCAAGAUGUUACUCUAUGAAAAUAUGGACUUAAACAGAGGUACAAUGCUGAAAGAUGACAAACGCAAGGAAAUGCCAGCUAUGACAGUGUUCACCGAAGGUAUAAGAUAUUUGAAAUGUCAACUGAUACAAUUAUGUGAGGAAAGGAGUUUAGGGUUUUGA